UCUGGGCGUCCGCUCCGACACAGCCACCUCGCUCCAUGCCGCCGCUCAGCUCCGACGCGCCGUCGAGGACUUAUGGCCCCAAGAUGAGUCCCCCGAAGAAAACUGGGGAGGCCACCCAGCUGAGAAAGAGCCUCAAGCCGCUGAUGGAGAAGCGCCGCCGGGCGCGCAUCAACGACAGCCUCAACCAGCUCAAGACCCUCAUCCUGCCUCUCAUCGGGAAAGACAGCUCUCGCUACUCCAAGCUGGAGAAGGCCGACAUCUUAGAGAUGACUGUCCAGUUCCUCAAGGAGCUUCCAACCCCUUGCGCUUCCAUUUCCGGUGAGUGA